CUGCUCACCCAUAAACCGCUCCUGGUCCAUUGCUUAACCCAGACUCAGCUAAGGAUCGAGUCCGGCGACAAUAUGAGGACGGAGAUGGUGAUCAGGAUGCAGGCGAGCUCCGACAAGGGCCAGCACUCCAAGGCCAUGAAGAUCGCGGCGGCAAUCGAAGGAGUGGAGUCGGUGACGCUGGCGGGGGAGGGGCGGAACCUGCUGCGGGUGGUCGGCGAAGGCGUCGACUCCAACCACCUCACCAGCAGGCUGCGGCGGAAGGUGGGCCACGCCGACAUCGUCGAGCUGCGCACCCUGCAGCCGGGCCGCGGCUACGCGAGCACCACCAACGCUGCCGCCGGAGCCGGCUACCACUCUGCGCAGGCCGCCGACGCGGGCGCGCGCGGGGACGCCGCCGCCUAUGGCGGGUACAGCAGUUACACCGCGGCCAGCUACUCGCCGGUGGCAGCCGAUCAGUACCACCGCCAGCAGCAGCUGUCGUACGAGUACUACCCACCGGCGCCGUACGCUACCACCGUCGUCCACCACGAGUACACGGCCGGCGACCCAACCGGCUGCUCCAUCAUGUAGCGCCACCGAUAGCUCUUGGUUUGGCGAUUCUGUUUGUUUUGUUUGUCAUGACUGCGUUCAUUUUUCUUUGUUUUUCUUCUGUUGGAGGGUGCACUGUAUCGUGUGUAGUGCGAUCCGUCGGGGCCAAUUUUUGUCGGCCCUCGUUGGAUCUGUAGUUUCUUAGUUAAACGAGUGCGUGGACGAUGUCAAAGCGAGACGUGGAGUGCGAAUUCUUGUGAUAGCUACAUUGAUGUUUUUGUUCUA